CAACGAAGCAAAGCAUCUCUUCUUACACCGCAUUUCAUUUCUCUCAUGCUUUCCCCUGUUCCCCGAAAAAUUCUUGGCAGCCAGUCAUGACUGCCGAUACAACCACCACAAGUUACUGGAUGAACUGGAGGGUCUUGAUUUGCACAAUAUGGGUCUUAAUUUCAUUGUUUCUUGCAUCCAUUCUCAUCUCAAAAUAUGAAGGCCCGCGCAAAUUGAAACAUGGAAGCAGAGAAACUCGGCAGGAACCAGCAGGACUAUUGUAUGAAGAUGAAGUUUGGAGGCCUUCUGUGAGAGGAAUACAUCCAGCUUGGCUGCUGGCAUUCCGGGUUGUCGCUUUCAUUGUGCUUUUGUUAAUGCUGGCCCUGAAUGUUGCAGUUGAUGGAGGUGGCAUUUUUUACUUCUAUACACAAUGGACUUUUGUGUUAAUAACCAUCUAUUUUGGGCUCGGAUCUUUGCUGUCCAUGUAUGGAUGUUACCAAUAUCACAAUAAAGUUGGUGGUGCUAGAAUUGAUCAUGAGGAGUUUGAUGCUGAGCAAGGCACUUCUGGGGCACCUAGAGAUGCAGAAAAUUCUAACAUGUCCAACGUUGUGAAAAGCUUGGGCCCCAAUGAGGAACGCCCUGUUCGCCAAAUUGCAGGCUUCUGGGGUUACGCUUUUCAAAUAAUUUUCCAGAUAAAUGCAGGUGCUGUGAUGCUGACAGACUGUGUCUUUUGGUUCAUAAUCGUACCCUUCCUUGAAAUUAAAGAUUACAACCUGAAUUUUUUGAUUAUAAACAUGCACACAAUCAAUGCUGUUUUUCUGCUUGGUGACACUGCAAUGAAUUGCUUGAGGUUCCCUUGGUUCCGAAUGGCAUACUUCAUUCUAUGGACAGCUGUUUACGUCAUUUUUCAAUGGAUUGUCCAUGCGUGUGUCUCACUUUGGUGGCCUUAUCCAUUUCUUGAUCUGUCCUCUCCAUUUGCUCCACUAUGGUACUCCUCAGUGGCUGUUAUGCACAUACCGUGCUAUGGCGUUUUUGGUCUAGUAAUGAAGUUGAAACACUUUCUGUUGUUAAAAUGGUUUCCUGAAUCCUAUCAGUGUCAUCGGUAACUCAUGCUGAAAACUAUUCUGAAGCUAUCUCUCUGGUGCUAAUAAAAAAAACUGAGUUUUCUUCCUCGAAGAGGCAGAGCCAUGGUAUACUAUAUGCUGAAAGAUGUCCAGAGAUAGCCAAGAACAAACAUUGUCCACGUUUCGACAUGUUUUCACAGAGAAAAUGUAGUAAGUUUUGAUAUACAACUGAUUGAACAACAGAAAGCAACACUUUUUUAAUUUGUUUAUGUAAACCUGUCCCUUAUGUGGAGCAUAGUUGUAAUUACAAACAGAUAUCAAA